AUGUCUUCUCUUCUCUCGUCUCUUGUCACCUCGGCCAAGACACACGCUGCAACACUGUUGCGGAAAUUGUCCACCCGAUCGCCGGCCACUGCCAAACACUGCUUCGCCGCUGCAACUCCGACCUCUGUCGUAAACAUGGCGGUAAUCUGGGCACUGAGAAUGGCACUCUGUAUGGCCGUACAAAGUGUUUUAUGCGGGGAUGCUUUGGCGCCAGGAGCGGCCAAUUUUGACGAUUUCAUAAAGGCCUUGCAAGCUAUGGGCUUCACGUUGAACGGCGCAACGACCGCCCACACCGUCGUUUUGGACCCACCGGAGGGAUGGAAUGCGGGCGCGGGGGUGUUGGAGCUAGUACGUCCAGCACUGGUCAAUACUUGGUACGCCUUCGAAAGCGCGGAGAUCGCACGGGCUUUGGAAGACAGGUACGCCCUGACCGGAGACUCUUUCAUCAAAUUCCCCACUGCGCUCCUUCCGGGUGUGGACGGCUACAUGAUACCGUCCGGCGCGGGGAUGUAG